AUGUUGGCCCUUCGAGACCAAGAAAACUUGGUGAACACCCACCAGACCGCCGCGGCCGCCAAGCCCUUGAAUCAGAAGCAGCUGGCACCCAAGACCCCAGGCAAAGGAACCCUCAAGGUACCGUUGAACGAUGAAAACAACACCGUCGUAUUUGGAAAAGGCACGGGAAAGGCCAAAGAGAAUGGAAAGCCGGGCAAGGACGCGUUCGUUACGCCGAUGGUGAAGAACCGCGCUCCUCUAGGUGCUAAAACUACCAAUCUCAAAACCAAAAAUAACCAAACACCGGGCCAGUUUGGUACUAUCAAGACAAACAGACGACAGUCGACCGCCCAGAAAAAGAAGGCGUCUCCGGUGGUACACCAAGCUCAACCUAAAGUUCACAAGGAUUCUACCAUUAACGAUGUCCCCGAUAUUGAAUAUAUGCCCCCAAAGCCUAAAGAUCUCCAGGAUCUUCCAGAUGACGUGACAUAUGAUACAAACUUCCCCCAAUUUCGCCCCAAGAACAGGGCCUUGGGCUUGGAGAGUGUGUAUGGAAAGCAGCAAAUUGGCAGUGAUGGACUGACAGCGAAGCAACGGAAAUUCAAGGAGGACUCAGCCAAGUGUGACAAGAUGGUGGAUGAGAUGAUCCUAAAGCAACUUGAGAGUGUUGGUUUCGAAAGCUCGGGCAAUAACGAGCCCACAAAGACAACCCGAACUCCAUCCACACGCUCAAAGGCACCCAUGACUACCCGGCACUCGCGGAAUAUCUCGUCGCUUCGAUCUCGCGAGGCAGCAGCAGCCCUUGCAGCACCUCAGCUAGCUACGACUCCUCGGCUAGCCCCGACUCCCAAGCCACGGUUAGGACUGGGAUCGUCCCUGCUCAUGCCUAAGAGACAAACCAGAACCCCAACCAAUCCCUCUUCCAUGCGCAACACUGCUGCUGCUGCCAAUUCCAACACUACUCUGGGAUAUUCCAAAGGCAGAAGUGUUUCCUCCACCCUGCGAGAGAAGAAUGCUGAAGCUCAAAAGACCUCAAGCUCGGAGGCGUUGUCUCCUGAAACCUAUAUGCAGCUGUACGGUACCCCUCCGCUGGACUCGGAUAUGUGGACUCGCUGCAAAGCUGCUGGAUGCUUUGACACCCCAGAGGAGGCUUCCCAGGAACUCGAGUUAUUGCCCACAUUUGAGGAAGAUGAGGAGGCCCAGAGCUUCCAGCUUACUCUGUAA